CAAAUAUGUCGACGCUAGUCGUCGCUGAGAAGCGGUUCGGAUUUCGGCUAGAGAACAACAAAUCAGCAUGCGUGGUAAGAAGAUUAAGUGCAGGGAGUCGUCAAAGACAGGCUUGAGCAACAGAUGAAGGAGGCCUGCGUGGAAUCCAACUCACAGCUUGUAAAGCGAUUGACGGCGCCGAUCUACGGAAAGGAGGAGAAGAUGAUGGUAAAAUAGUAGAAAUGGUGGAAGCCAAAACCGGCGGUGCAAGAGAGCAGAGGUGGGUCACGGAUUUUCUGUUGGGGGAGAGCAUGAGAUCAUCGUGACGGAGGGUGCUGCCAUCACCCACGUUGAACGGACAUUAUCCUCUCCGAUUCUCACCUAUAUAAGAGCGCGGUUCCACGAUGCCAUGUUGCCAUUGCGAGUUGUUGCCUCAGAUGUAACGCUGCGAUAAUAUUAUCCCUGCUUAGCUGAAAACAUUUCAUAGACAGUCUGGGGCUCAUGUACGCUCUCAUGCCAAGUCACAAACGCUCUUUUGUCCGAUUCUGGGAUUUUUCUUUUGCUAGAUUGUACCCCACCGGAGAUAGUUGGAAUGCUGAGCGUGUUCCUGUACGUGGUUAACGCUGCCAGCAUUCCCACCUACACCAGCUCUCCACCCCCACCCAACGAAGUACCACUGUGCCACCUCAAUCCCAGACAGUUAAAAUAGUCCCACCCUAAUCCACAGUGCCACUUUUUGCCGAGUUUCUGACUGACCUUGUCAAGCAGCAUUAUCCUUUUUCUACAUCUGCACGUCCCUGGCCUUAGCUCCACUCUUUUGUGCGCUUCUGCCAUCGAACGAAAUUCAUAGCCGCUUUUUUUCUUGGUCAACAGGCCUACGUACCGUGCUCAAGAAAGCAUUCCUGCCCCCCACCGUCGUCCACCCAAGGCUUUCAGAAGGCGCGGAUCACCCCCUGCAUGAGUCAUCUAGCUGCAAUCGGAUUGUGCACAUGAGUUUAAUCGCUGACAGAGGUGACGAGACAAGUGUGACGAAUGGUUUGUAGAAGUUGAAAGCGUUUCAAUUUGAAUUCUUGCCAGAUUUCCAGCGAUUUGUGACGAGGUAGUGGGAACGAGGAGAGAUUGCAGUUGGUCUUGUUUUCACUGCAGAGUAAGGAUUCCUUUUCACCUUUCAAUUCCCUCCUCCAAUUUGGAGUGUGAACCGAGAAAGCGAGUGAACUGUCUCGGGACUCAAAACACAUAUGACUUCGUACUUUUGAAAAGUAUCAUCUGAAUCACGAGCGUCUGGCGCCGACUUCAGUGUUCCUACACGAAGAUUUUGAUCGUACGUCUUCAACCCAAGUGAUACUGCAUUGAGCAACCAGUCCAAUUUCAUUCUUGUUAUUAGCUGAUGUGUCACUCAUGCAUCGCUAGAGAAAAAGUUUCAUGAUCAUCCGGAAACAUUCGUAGUUACGUCUCGAGAAAUUUAAUUCAUUAAAACUUUCCAUGAUAUCGCUUUUCGGUCCCACCCAAUGAGCUAAGUUCAAGGAUUUAGUUGAGAAAGAAUAAAUAUUUGAGCUGCCGCCUUUACACCGUCCCUUUUUUUCGCCGCAGAGGACCUGUGUCUAAAGGCACAUGAAUAUUCGUUCAGCAGGACAAACAUUAUAAAGGUGCCAGUGCGUCGAGGGGACAAGCACAGUCCAGAAACUAAGUAGUUCGAAAUUAGCAUGAAUUAUACAGCCAUUUCCAUGUGUAACGACGAAUCAUCGAAGGUGUGCACCACUACUACAACAGAUUCCGAGCCCGUGGAUGAGAAUCCGCUCUUCUGGCCGUUGCAAGUCGGCAGCAUGACACUGAAUCAUAGGGUGGUGUUGGCGCCGAUGACAAGAUGCCGGGCGAUCGGUGGCGUUCCACAAGACGCGCAUGUGGAGCAUUACAUGCAGAGAGCCACACCAGGCGGACUUCUCAUUACUGAGGCCAAUGCUGUUGCCCCCGAAGGCUAUGGUUUCGCGCACACGCCAGGAAUUUUCACCGAAGAACAAGUGAAUGCGUGGAGGAAAGUAGUGGACGCUGUGCAUGUCAAGGGCUGCUACAUUUACUGCCAGAUCUGGCACGUUGGUCGGGCCUCCCACAAAUAUCAUCAGCCCAACGGAGCAGCGCCAGUGUCCCCAACAAGCAUAGGCAUCCAGACCCCGUUUCUGUUCAGGCUCAGCGGAGGCAAAAUGGUGCCAUUCUCGGAGCCACGCGCUCUAGCCACUCACGAAAUUCCUCCCAUUUUGCAGCAGUUCAAACAAGCAGCCAAAAAUGCCAUUGCAGCAGGCUUCGAUGGCGUGGAGCUGCAUGCAGCACAUGGUUACCUCCUGGACCAGUUUUUGAAGGAUGGAAUCAACGACCGAAAGGAUGAAUAUGGGGGUUCUUUAGAGAAUCGCUGCCGGUUCCUUUUCGACAUUGUUACUGCGAUCACGGCAGAGAUUGGAUCCCAACGCACCAGCGUCCGAAUAUCCCCCAUCAUCGAUCACAUCGGCGCCACAGAUUCAAACCCAGUAGCCCUUGGGGUGCAUUUAGCACGCAACUUGUCGAGGUUCAACCUCGCGUACUUACACGUGACAGAGCCCAGGUUCCAUGCACAAGGAGUCUCAGACACCCAGCUGAACUGUAAAAUAUUUCGUGAUCAGUAUGAAGGAGUCUUCAUGUGCACCGGAGGAUACACUCGGGAAGAAGGAAUGAAGGCCAUUCGCACUGGCUACACCGACCUUAUCUCCUACGGCCGUUUGUUUCUGGCCAACCCAGACUUGCCCUCGCGCUUCUACUUCGACCUGGAAUUGAACGAAUACGACCGAUCUACAUUCUAUACCCAUGAUCCGUAUGUGGGUUACAUCGAUUACCCCCAGGCCACCACCACCACCUUUGAUAAAGGUGUUCCUCUUACUAACGAUGGCCGGUUUUGUCUAGCCAAACCCAUACCCGCUAUUCAGGUUGAGAAUGUAUGAUAUGUUCAGGUUUGAAGCCUAGCUUUUCCUGGCUCUAAUGCUAAGUUUUAGGGCGUUCAACGUUUUUGUACAUAUUACAGCAUCAAUCUAGUCUGAUUGACUCCCUGCAACA